ACACACAACAAAGUUUUCUUUUGUACAAUUCGGCGUUUUCCUGCUCCCCUUGAUGAACUGUGCCGGGGGAACAUUGUGGAAGUCAAAUCUAAACAAUGCCGAAGGGAACGUGGUCAUGUCAGUGAACCAUUACAGAGUGCAGCCAAGUUGUCUCCCUCCUCCCCACCCUCCCCGAAACCAAAGCAGGAAUCAGCGCUGGAAGGUAUGAAGGCUGCCUGAUUGGAGGCUGGGCUAACUCGGGGCGGACUGACAGCCACUUGCCCUCAGUUUGCCUGCCCACUGACAGCUCCACUCCGGGGGGAGAGCUGAGCGCACUGGAGCCGCGGCCGCUGCACCUCGGGACCUGUUGAGUUUAGAGUUGAACGCACGGUGGGAGGGGAGAAAAAAGAACUUUAUUUCUUUUGGCUCUUGUUUUCCUUGAGCCGGUGGAGUCAACUCAGCAGCGGGAAGCCGAACUCCGGCCGUGCCUGAGAUCUCAGGCCGCCCGUGGCUGGGAAAAAAAAUGUGAAAAGUGCGGUGCCUCCAAGGGGUCGAGGCUGCAACUGGUCAACUGCUGGGGACUGUCAGCACCUUCCCCUGUGUGUGUGUGUGAGAGAGAUAGACCCUGUGAUCUACCCAAACCCAGUGACAGAGCCCCAACAAGAGAAACCAAUGCCAGCCGAAUGGUACCUCCCGAGACUAUUGCCAAGGAUUCUGCAUCAACAGUUGGCAAGGAACACCAUGCUGGUGAUGCCCAGUCACUAGGUGAGAUUGGACACUCGCAGAGAGAAGUUUGCAGAGAGACUUGUCACAGUCCGCCCGAUUUACUGGUGAAAUGAGCAGUUCAGACAACGAGAGACCGGCACUGCAGAAAUCGCUCCCAAGAUCGGGUUCACGAUGAAACUCUUGCUCUGGGUGCAUUUAAUCGCCGGGUUGUAUGGGGUCACCGCCGGCAACAGGAGCUGCCCUGACUUGAUCAUCGAUAGCUGCAGCUGUACCAGUGAGCGCUCGAAGGGACCGGGCAGACAGAUCAUCCGGAUCAAAGUGGCGUGCAGUCAUGGCGAGUUGUUGGAAACUUUGCAGUCCAGCCUCCUGCCGAACCAAACCGUCACAUUGAUCCUGAGUAACAACAAGAUCUCAUUGCUGAAGAAUGGCUCUUUCUUUGGCUUACGCUCUCUAGAGAGACUGGAUUUGAAGAAUAACUUGAUUAGCAACAUUGAGCCUGGGGCUCUCUAUGGGCUUCCAGAAUUGAAGCGGCUAGAUCUGUCAAACAACAGGAUAGGAUGUCUGAGUCCUGAGAUAUUUACAGGCCUCACCAGUUUGACUAAGCUGAAUUUGUCGGGGAACAUUUUUUCAACCCUUCCUCUUGGACUGUUCAUUGAACUUAGCGCAUUAAAAGUUUUGCACUUUAGCACUGAAUCUCUAAUGUGUGACUGCAACCUUAGGUGGCUCUUACAGUGGGCCAGAAACUCUUCAGUUCGAAUAGCAGAUGAAACUGUGUGUGUCUACCCAAGUGCUCUGCAGGGAAGGCCAUUCAAAACUUUGAAGGAAAACCAAUUGACAUGUGAUGGCCCACUUGAGCUGCCUUUAUUUCAGAUGAUUCCAUCACGACAACAAGUGGUAUUCCAUGGCGAUCGUCUACCUUUUAUGUGCACUGCAACGUAUGUGGAUAAAACAACCCAAAUCCAAUGGCACCAUAGCGGGAAAAUAGUGGAAACAGAUGAAGAUAAUGAAAUAUUUGUAGAACCCGUUAUAAUACAUGACUGCUGCUUAAUAUCCAGUGAGCUGAUCCUGACCAAUAUUGAUGUUGAUGCAACUGGAGAGUGGGAGUGCCUUAUCACUACCGCCCGAGGAAAUAGCAGCAAGAAGGUAGAAAUUAUGGUGCUAGAAACCGCUGCACCUUACUGUUCCGCAGAGCGAGUCACCAACAAUAAAGGGGACUUCAGAUGGCCUCGAACAUUGGCUGGUAUCACAGCAUACUACCCCUGUACACGAUAUCCAUUUGGAUCUGUACCUUAUUAUGGAGACCAUCGGCAAAGAAAAGCAUGGCGUAAAUGUGAUCGAACUGGACGCUGGAUGGAAGGAAACUACACUGAGUGUGCUUAUGCAAAUGAAGUUACGAGAGUCCUUCACGCAUUCAGCCAGAUUCCGGUGAAUGCCACCAAUGCUCUUGCUUUUGCUCAUCAACUGAUGACCUACACGGGAAAUGCAGCUAACUUUGCAGACAUGAUGGAUGUCAUUUUUGUGGCUCGCAUGAUUCAGAAGUUAAUCAUCUUUGUGGAUCAAGUCAAAGAUCUGGGAGAAUCCAUCACAGAAAUAGCCAGCAACAUGAUGCUAGUGGAUGAACACAUACUGUGGAUGGCCCAAAAUGAAGAGAAAGCUUGUACCCGAAUCGUGCAGUGUGUGGAAUUCAUUGCAAGUCUUGUGUUAACCAGCAAUGCACAGGAUAUUUCAAAGGUUUCUAUGAAUAUAGCACUGGAAGCCUUCAUGAUCAAGCCAGCUAGUUUCACAGGCAUGACAUGCACCGCCUUCCAGAAAAUGGGUUUGCAUCCAGGCAGACCAUUGAUCCGUGACGUGGCUAGACUGGAUUGGGAGGCUGACUAUCGUCGGGAUCAUCAUCUGAAUUUCAAAUGCAAUACAGGCAAUCUGGCCAGUUCUCUCGUGAAUUUCCCAGUUAAGAACACCGUAGCAGUGGCAUCAGUUCAGUUGCCACCAGCAAUUUUCACUCAUUUCCUCGCCUUGCACACUGUUGACAACUCAUCUUGCAAGCUACAAUUUAUUGUAUUUCGAAAUGGAAAACUCUUCCCCAGCACAGGUAACUCAUCAAACCUUGCUGAUGAUGGGAAACGCAAGUGUGUCUCGACUCCAGUUGUCUUCGUCAAAAUAGAUGGGUGCAGCUUUGGGAACCUCACUAAACCCAUUACUGUUGUUCUGAGGCAUUUUGCGCUGGGUACAGAUCCCACUGCAGCAUAUUGGGAUUUUGACCUUUUGGAUGGGCACGGUGGUUGGCAUGCUAAAGGGUGCCAUAUAACAGGCUCUGCAAGCAAUAUUACCACCAUUCAAUGUGUGCACUUCGGUAACUUUGCAGUCCUAAUGGAUUUGAAGACUGUGCUUUCCUUCAAUCAGUACCCAGGGGAAUAUCUGCACCCUGUGGUGUAUGCGUGCACUGCAGUUCUUUUGCUGUGCCUUUUUGCAUCUAUUAUCACCUACAUUGUGCAUCACAGCACCAUCCGCAUUAGCAGAAAAGGCUGGCAUAUGUUGCUGAACUUCUGUUUCCAUACUGCCCUGACGUGUGCAGUAUUUGCUGGAGGCAUCAAUCGCACAAAAUACCCAAUCAUCUGCCAAGCUGUCGGAAUUGUUUUACAUUAUUCCACCCUAUCUACAAUCUUCUGGACUUGUGUCACUGCCAGGAAUAUUUACAAGCAAGUGACUAGAAAAGUCCCUCAGUACCAUGACAAUGACCAGCCACAACACACUCAGCAACCAAUGUUGAGGUUUUAUUUGAUUGGAGGAGGCAUACCUUUCAUAAUUUGUGGGAUCACUGCUGCAACAAAUAUCAACAAUUAUGGGAGUGAAGACAAUGCACCAUAUUGCUGGAUGGCAUGGGAGCCUAGCCUUGGUGCAUUUUACGGGCCUGCUGCUUUCAUUGUGCUUGUUAGUUGUGUCUAUUUUCUGUGUACAUUAGUGCAAUUGAAACGACACCCAGGGAAGAAAUAUGAGCUAAAGGAGAUGACAGAAGAACAACAACGAUUGGCCAGCACAGAGGUAGGCCCCAGUCAUGUAACGGACUCCAGCUCUGUGUCGCACACAUGUUCAAUGGUUUCUUCUUCAAUGCUGGAAAACGAGCAUUCAUUUAAGGCUCAGCUUCGUGCUUCUGUGUUCACUCUGUUUCUCUUCAUUGCUAUGUGGACUUUUGGAGCCCUCGCAGUCUCACAAGGACAUUUCCUCGAUAUGAUAUUCAGUUGCUUGUAUGGAGCAGUCUCAGUAACUCUCGGACUGUUUAUUCUGGUUCACCACUGUGCAAAACGUGAUGAUGUCUGGCAUUGUUGGUGGUCCUGCUGCAAAUCCAAUAGGAAUACAUACGCUGUUCAAAUGAACGUUCGUCCCCAGGUAACCAUGAACGGCGAUGCUCAGCUUCAUGUCCCAUGUCUCCUGGAUUCUCCAUGUCCCAGUAAAUCAUCAUCCAGUUGCAAUCAUUCAGUAUCUGGACUCUGUAAGCUAACUAAUCUACAGGCCGUCCAAAAUCAUGUAAAUUGUCUUUCACCAGUUACACCAUGUUGUGCCAAAGUGCACAGUGAACAGAUUAUUGAUGACGAUGAGGACAUUCAUCUGCGUGCUGAUGGUACAUGUCGAUCAGGAAUGCAUAUCCACAGAUGUCAAAAAAGCCGAACUAAACCGCGACACUUUGUUCGGCACAGCAGGUCAGCAGCCCAGAGAGAAUACGCUUAUCAUAUCCCUUCCAGCAUAGAUGGAAGUGUCCAUAGCUCACAUACAGAAAGUCAUCACAGUGUCCAGGACAGCCAGUCCAUCCAAAGGCAAAUUGUCUGUGCAAAAAAUGAUCAGUGCCCCAAUGUCUGCCAGCCUGAAAGUAGUGAUGCCAGCACAGUGCUAUAUGGAUGCAAUAAAGCUGUAGACAGUGGUGUCAGUACGGAAGCUUUACACCAAGGAGUUACGUUUGAGAUGCAGUCACGGAGACAAUCUUGUCCUCUAAGUGUAACCAACCAAAAUGGAAUACUGAAGGGAAACCUGCAUGAAGCCAUCAUUUAUACUUCAGACAGUACAGGAAAUAUAAGGACUGGUCCUUGGAAAAAUGAAACUACUGUGUAGUUUUUAAGUUUCAUGACUACAAAUUUAAAUCAUUAUUGCUACAAAAGUUGUAUAUAAAUUUUGUAUAAUGCUUAUGUGUUUGUUUACAUAAUUCAUUGUGCAGAUUUCAAGUAACAUUUGCAUAUUUGUAUGUAUACAUCUAUAUUUGUACAGCACAUACAAAGUAUCAUGAGAGCAGUAUUAUAUAAUGUAUUUGUAUUUCAAACUACAAACGAUGCAUUUGUGUUACCACAAUGUGGACGUUGUUGAAAAGUUAGUCUGCAGAUAUAUCACAAUUAUGUUGAAGCUUUGGAUUUUUUUUUUCAAUGUAUUGGUUUCUUUGAAGUAAGGAGCCACAAAUUAAGGUAAGCAUUACUGUUACACUAAAGAGACAGUAGCCCUUUGGAUGGCUAAUAUAAGUACCGUCCUAAUGCCUGUUAAAGUUUCCCUAAUCAUUAGUAGAAACAAUAUCAUGUGCAAUUUCUUCAAAGGAUAAAUUUAUCAUUUCUAAUUAUUUUUUCCUGAAAAUUCAUUGGAAUAUGUCAUUAAUAAACUUUUAACAGAAUCCUGCAUUCAGUAAAAUAACUGUGGAACUUUUAUUUUACUUGGCACAUGAGGGGAUGAUUUCUCUUGUGUGCUAAGUUUAAAUUGUAAGCCUCAGUAAUGUAGAUGAAUUCCAAUUUUUCACAAAGAAUACAGAAGAAACCUUUCCCACUAAAUUAAAUAUAAAAGGGUAUUGGCUCUUUAACUUUGUAGGAAGAAAUUGUGUAUUAAGUCUAUUGUAAGGCAUACAGUACAUGUUAGUGUAACAUGCAUGAUUUUUGUUCAGUUAAAACAUCAGUAUUUUGUCAUCUGCUAUUAUGUGUAAAAACUAAUUAUUUUGGUGAUGUAAAAGCCAAUAGCUUUGUUUUUAAUCCAUGCAAUUGAACCGUAAAGCAGAAACAUAGUCAUUGAACUCCUUCACUAGCUAAAGUGCCACAGCACAUGUAUAAGGUUAAUGCGAUAACUGUGCUAGGGAUGACAGUUUUCGGUUGUCUGUGCAGAGCAUGCAGUGCCUGUUGUAUGUUACAGUGUACACUGUAUAAUGAAUUGUUGUUUUCAGUAAAUGCAGAUAUCACCAUGUCUAUUAGUAAAAACAGCAAAAAAAAACCUUCAAAUCCAGUUUGGCAUCUAUUUUAAUAAGAUUGUUUUUAAGUAUAUGUUCAGUCAUCUUCAUUACAAUAUAAAUGUGAAUUCAGGUAACGCCAGUUGCAUUUGAUCCAACUAGUUUCCCACGUAAGGGAAGGCAUUGAACAGAAAUAUAAUAUUCAUAAUGUUACAGUUUAUCGCAUCAAAUUACUAGUUAUCUUAUUAUUACCUAAGUUUAUUUUAGUCUGGUGUAUUUAAAGAUAUGGUAGCACUGCAGUUAUUGCUGGACUAGUAAUCCAGGUAACUUGUGGUCAAAUUCCAACAUGGCAGUUCUUAAGAAUCGAGAAAUAAAAAGGAUUGUAUAAGUAAAUCCAGCUGUGAAACUGUCCGCUUUUCAUUAAAUCUCACCUUGUUCAUUGCUGCCUUUAGGAACAGAAACCUACUGGUUUUAUUUGCACUGGUCUAUGUAUGAUUCCAAUCUCACAACAAUGUGGUUGACACUAACAGCCCUCAAAAGAGGCCUCAGAAGCCACUCAAUUCCAGGAAUGGGCAACAUUGGCUACGUUAUGCUUAACCCCCACCCCGCUUCCUGCAACCAUAUCACCAUAACUUUCUGGUCCUUUCUCUACCAUAGGCUUAUGUACCUUGAAUACAUAAAGCUACACAUGGCUUGUUUUUCUGGAACCAGACAAUUCCAAUGCAAGGUAGUGUACAAUCUCUCAAUUCUCUACAUAAUUUGUGGAAACAAGGUGAGAAAGGUUUUGUCCUUUGAAGUCAAACAAGAUGAAAGAAUUUUCAGCAGAUAAUCAGUUGCCACCAAUCCCCAAUUGAAGAAUCGUACUCCUUAAUGUGAAACUAAAGGAAACAUUAAGAGACGCAAAGGUACUGAAUAUGCAUUUAAAUAUCAAUCAAGUAGUUUGGUAAUACACAACUGAAUAUGUGGGCUGAGUUUGAAGGGCAUAACUUCUGGAAUGGCCUGGCACCAGAUGAUGAAGGAAAUAAAAACAGGAGUGUCGGAGGCUGAGGGGUGACUUUAUAGAGGUUUACAAAAUUAUGAGGGGCAUGGAUAGAGCGAAUAGGCAAAGUCUUUUCCCUGGGGUCAGGGAGUCCAGAACUAGAGGGCAUAGGUUUAGGGUGAGAGGGGAAAGAUAUAAAAGAGACCUAAGGGGCAACUUUUUCACACAGAGGGUGGUAGGUGUAAGGAAUGAGCUGCCAGAGGAAGUGGUGGAGGCUGGUACAAUUGCAACAUUUAAAAGGCAUUUGGAUGGGUAUAUGAAUAGGAAGGAUUUGGAGGGAUAUGGGCCAGGUGCAGGCAGGUGGGACUAGAUUGGGUUGGGAUAUCUGGUCGGCAUGGACGGGUUGAACCGAAGCGUCUGUUUCCAUGCCAUACAUCUCUAUGACGGCUUAUAUAAGUCUAGGCUAAAAGUAAAGGAGCUAUGUGACUGUCUUAGAUACUGCCUGAUGUUAAGUUUGACUAAAUCAAGCUACCUGCUGAGGGAAGUGCAAGUUCUCACACCUGGGAACAAAAAAUAAGGGCAGCGAUAUCAGCAGAAAAUAGACUUUCCAGCUCCAAGCUUUUAGGCAGAAGAAAGAAAGAAGAAGCAGAUGGCGUGGUCACAGAGUCAAGAGGCUUCGGGUUCUCUGCAAGCUACUGAAGCCAGAUGCUGGAGGAAAAUAGUCAAUAGCCAAAGGGUCACAUUACACAGUUUUCCAUUCAAUCUGUGAGAUUCAUCCUGUGGGGCUAGGGCAGAAGGGGAAGCUUUGCAGUAGAUUUUCCUGCUGGUAGUGAAUUUGGGAGAUUCUCCAAAGAUGGUGGGAAACACCUGGAAGCAGUCAAUUGAUGUUGUUACUCAGUGAUACUGCGUGUGGGCAGUAUGAUGGCUCUCAGUUCCAGGGACCUGAAUUCAAUUUCAGCCUUGGGUGAAUAUCUGUGCGGUGGUUACAUGUUCUUGGCGUGUCUGCAUGGAUUUCUGCCAGGUGCUUUGGAUUCCUCACACAAUCCAAGAUGUGCAGGUUAGCUGGAGUGACCAUGGUAAAUGAGGGAUUGUGGGGAUGGGGUGGGAUGCUCUUUGGAGGGUCAGUGCAGGCUCAUUGGGCUAAAUGGCUUUAGUCUGCACUGUAAGGAUUCUGUGAUAUGGAGAAAUGAAUACCAUUGGAAUCUGGAAGUAACUGGGAACUGUUUGCAAUGAAGACUAUAAUUCUGUGGAAGAAUGUAAAGUAUUUCAAAAAUGAACU